AUGGCUAAGAAAUCAUUAGCAGAUCAAAUUUCCAGUUUAUACACACCUAAAACAGAUUAUGACAUAGAAGAUCAUGAUUUGGGACAAGCAAAUGGUGACCAUAUUUUUGACCACAAUGAUGGAUCAGAUAUUGGAUCUGAAGAUGAAGAUGAUGACGAAGAGUUGAGAAAAGAACAUUAUGUUGAAACUUCCAAGUCUAAAUUGAGACAGAAUAAUACCAGAGUGAACUUGGGUGAGAAAUAUGUUGGAGAUGUUGUCAGCAGGAAUGAUUUGUAUAAUAAUGAUGAUGAUGCAUCAGAACAAGAAGGUGAAGAAGAGUCAGAGGAAGAAGUAGAAGUAGAAGAAGCCAUCAAUAGUAACGAGGAAGAAGAAGAAAUUUCCGACGUAAGUGAAUCAGAAGAAGAAGGAAAUCAAAGUGAUUCUGACGAAGAAGACGAAGACGAAGAAGAAGACGAAGAGUCUGAGUCAGAAGAAGAAGAAUCAUCAUCAUCACACAAAAGACAAUUAUUAAAACAAUUGAUGUCUAAAGAAAGAUCACAUAUUGUUAAUAGAUUAUCCCAAUCUGCCACUAAUGAUGCAUUAAAAGGAUAUGCUAUUCAACUACAAAACAAAACAUUUGAAAAAAUCAUUGAUGUUAGAUUAAAAUUCCAAAAAUCUGUCACUAGUAGUAAUUUAUUACCUAUUAAUUCAAUCACUUAUGAAGAGGUCAAAUCUGAAGACAGUGAUAAAUUAUUGAAACAAGCUAAAUCUGAAUUAUUUGAGUUAUUAGAUGGUUUAUUUAGUCUUAGAAAUGAACUUGAAGAUAAUGAAGAAAAUAAAAUUACAUCACCUAAAAAGAGAAGUUUCUCCAAAUAUUCAGAAGUUACAACUAAAGCAGAUUCGGAAUUAAAUUCAAAACGUAAUGUUGUUUUAACCAAAUGGUCUGCAAAAGUUUCCAAUUCCUCUGGUAGUAAUGCUAUGAAUGCUAACAAAUUUAGAACCAUUAAUCAAUCAUUUGAACAACAAGUCAACAAUAACUUAUCAGAUAUGGAUAGAUUAAUCAAAAGAACUAAAUUAAACAGAAGAAAUAUAACUCCAAUAGGUUAUAAUCCAGAAGAUCAUCAAAAACAACAAGAAGAAAAAGAUGGAGAUGGCCACGACGACGAUGAAGAUAUUCCUGAAGAAACAAUGAUUCGUAAAAAAGCUCAAGGUUCAGAAAAUCCAUUCAUAUUUGAUGAUGAAGAUUUCUAUAGAGUUUUAUUGAAUGAUUUAGUUGAUAAGAAAGUUCAAUCAAGUGAUCCAACUACAGGUAUAACUAUUAAUUUAAGAUCAGCUCAAAAAGUUAAUAAAUUGAAAAAUAAUGUUGAUACUAAAGCUUCAAAAGGUAGAAAAUUAAGAUAUCAUAUUCAAGAACCAAUUGCAAAUUUUGAAUCUUCUAUUGGAUCUUGGAAAUGGAAUGAUGAUCAGAUAGAUGAAUUUUUUGCUUCUUUAUUAGGUCAAAAAGUUAAUAUGAAUGAAAUUGAUGAAGAUGAUAAUAAUAACGAUGAAGAAAACGAUGAUGAUAUCAUACCAGAAGACAAUGGUAUUCAAUUAUUUGGUUAA